AUGGCUAAAUAUAUUGCACAAAUUAUAGUUUUGGGUGCACAAGUAGUCGGAAAAGCCUUUGCGCGAGCUUUGAAGCAAGAAAUAGCUGCAUCUCAAGAAGCUGCUAAAAGGGCUGGCGGUGGUCCAGAAGGUGCUAGAAGAGCCGCUGCUAAUGCUUCAACAGGCCUUUCUUUAGAAGAAGCUAUGCAAAUUUUGAAUCUAGACAAGUUAGACCCAGAACAAGUCAAGAAAAAUUAUGAACACCUGUUUACAGUAAAUGAUAAGGCGAAAGGUGGCUCUUUUUAUUUACAAUCAAAAAUAGUGAGAGCAAAAGAGAGACUAGAUGUUGAGUUUAAUCAAAAUCAAACAAAACAAGAACAGAGUCACCCAAAAGACUCAUCAUGA